AUGGGCUACGAAGCAACCAUCCAGUUCACCCUCGACACAAUAUGUCCUUGGACCUACCUCGCCAAACGCCGUCUCGAAACCGCCCUCUCCCAACUCCCCGCCUCCAGCCCCGUAACCUUCACCACCCUCUACAAACCCUACCAACUCUACCCCGAAGCCUCCGAAGCCGGCGAAGACAAAUACGCCUGGUACCAGCGCUCCCGCUAUCCAUCCGACGAACAAAUGAAGAAAUACACCGUCUUGAUGAGCGCGUACGGCGCAGCGGAGGGCAUCGACUUCAAAUUCGGCGGUCUGGUCGCUAAUACGCUGCACGCGCAUCGCCUGAUACAGCAUCUGCAGUCGACUGCGGGGCCGGACGUGGCGGAUAAGGUGGUGAGGAGUUUGUAUAAGCAGUAUUUUGAGGAGGAGCGGCAUCCGAGUUCCGAGGAGACGUUGAUGAGGGCGGCGAUGGAGGCUGGGGUGGGUGAGGAGGACGCGAGGAGGGUGGUGGAGGAUAAGGAGGUGGGGCUGCAGGAGACGAAGGAGGGUUUGCGGGAGGCGGUGGGGAAUCAGGUUGAUAGUGUGCCCAGGGUUGUGAUGGAGGGGAGGAGGAGGGACAUUGAGUUAGAGGGGGCGAAGACGGUGGAGGAGUAUGUGACUGCGCUGAAUAAGAUUGUCAAGGAGAGUUCGUGA